AUGUCUGAUUCUACACUGGGAUCUACCGAAGAAAAGAAACUUCAUGAUUUGAACAAGAAGAUCGUGGAAAUUAAAAAGAAGAUACAAUUGUCAGAGGGACAGAGAAAGGCUAACUUCGAAGAAACAGAGACAAAAAAGCAUGAAAAUGCAGAAAAAAUUAUCUCCCUUAGGAAAGAUAUAAAAGAUUUAUAUGUCGAAUAUUCUAAAACCAAAAAUAACGACGAUGUAGCUGAAAGAACGGCUCGAAUUAGUCGUGAAACUUCGGCUGUUGUAAGAAAACAUGGCUUGGAUGAAGCAUUAAAAAAGAUCAAUGAAGAGAACAUACGAUUGAGAAAAACGAAAGAUUUAUUAAAGUAUCAAUCUGAUAAGCAAAGGCAAAGGUUGAAAAUAUUAUUGCAAGAACAUAAAGAAUUAUUAAGAGAAAAUAAAAGAAAAAUAUUUAAAAGAAAAUUAGAAGAUCCUUUGAGAAAGAAAACAGAAAGUCUGGAGGUCCAACUUGAGCGAAUGAGAAUGUUGAUAAUAAAAGCAAAUAUAGUUCGAAGAAAAUACAAAUCCGUACAUUGCAAAUUGAAACAAAGAUCAGUCACUUAUGCUUCUUCAUUGAAAGAGUUAGAAGAUGAUAUAAAAGAACACGAAAAUGAAAUUAAACGUUUACGAGUAUAA